GACACAGAUGAAACUGGUGAGAUCGAAUGGAUGUUUUAGCGAGACUGUCUUCCUUAAACGUUGACAUAAGUAACCGGGGAAACAUUACAUGACAUUGGAUUAACGUAAAAGGACGAUAUUGGCUGAUAAGAUCAGUGGUGAAGUGCCGUCAGAUGUUGGAGUUCUUGAAGUUUUUUUUAAUGAUAUUUAAACCCAGUCUUAACCUAGUUUGUGUUGGAGCAUUUGUGCACAUCUCUAUUUCUUCUAACAGUUUCUAAUGGUGCAAGUGCCACAUUUUGUGAUGAAUGACUAUAAAGGAUAAAACACAGUCUCUAAUCGCAGCAAUGUCAGCUUUGUGGAUUUCACCUUAAAAGCUGUGUGUUUUUGUUAUCAACAUGUCAUAUAUGAGUGGACUUGUGAGCACAGAGACCACUGUUAGCAUGGCUCCUAACAGCAUGGACACCAACGAGCCGACAACCCAAAGUGAUGUGAAGCCUUGGCUGAUGGGUGUGACCCUGAGCAUCGCCUCUUGCCUCAUCACCUCCACCAACCUGCUGGUGGCAGCCGCUCUACUUAAGCUACUCCUCAGGAAGAGAAGCCAGAGCUGGUGCUUUGUCCUCAACUUGGCACUGGCCGAUGCCCUGGUGGGUGUGGCCAUCACUGGCCUGGCCACAGAAAACUUCGACUUUAACAGCGACGGCAACAACUCUCCGAACCAGCACAACCAGGUCACUGACGAUGCGCCCACAAACGCCACGCCUCCUGCUCAGGGCAAGACCCGGUGUUUGAUGCGGAUGGCCUUCGUGACAUCACCCUGCACAGCAUCUAUUAUGUCCAUGUUCCUGAUCUCACUUGACCGCUACGCAGCCAUCAAGAUGCCCCUGCGGUACUCCCAGCUUUCUGGGAAGGCAACAGCAGUGGGGUCCCUGCUGGCUUUGUGGAUCAGCUCCCUCACUAUGGGAUUCUUGCCAGUCAUGGUGCGGCAGCUGCAGGCGGAAGAAUAUGGCGGCUUCUGUGCCUUUUUCUCCGUCAUUCACCAGGUGGGCAUGAUCGUGUUAUUCAGCGCAUGCUUCUUCCCGAUGCUCUCUGUAUUCCUUUACAUCUACCUGGACAUCCUGAAGAUCGCCUGCAGCCACCAGAAGCAGAUAUGUCAAGUUAGGCAAGCUGGUUCCAGGACGGCUGACCACCAUUGUCAUCAACAUUGCGGGCAUCAUCAGCAGCAUCAGCAUCUGAGGAGCCAUCACUGGAGCCACGUCAAGGCCCUUAGGACGGUGGGGGUGCUCGUGGGCUGCUUCUUGGUCCUCUGGUGUCCCUUCUUUGUCGCAUGCAUAGUGCACCUUCUGUGUGAACGCUGCGAACUCACUGCCAUGUUAGAGAAUUAUUUGUGGCUGUUGGGACUGUCCAACUCACUGAUCAACCCUCUGGUGUACGCCUUUUGGCAAAGAGAGGUGCGGCUGCAAUUAGCGGCCAUGUUCUCCUGCUUUAUAAGCAGGUCGUUGGCCGCUGGACCACCAGGUGUCACAGAAAGAUGUGACCCGCAAACACCUGUGCUGACUCAAGCUGAUGCAUCUGGUGGAAAUACCCUCAACCCUUUGCUGUUGCAACCUAUUAUCGGCAACGACAAGGCUCACAUUGUGCCGCUAUCUGCCAUGACCAGCUUGUGAAAGAAACGGUGUUUGGUGUUUUAAGCCCCCAACGUCGUCUUA